UUAUUUAUUUUACGUCUUACUGUUUUAUUUAAAGAUUUUUUUUCUCUCACUCAUUCGUGUAAAUCGAGUUCAACCGUUUCAUCAUCAUCACUAAAGCUAAAAGUUCACCUUUUUAGAAUUUUGCUCCUCUUUUCUAAACCGUUUACUUUGUUUUCCAUCUGUUUUGUCAAAGUGUUGAAAUUUUUGGCCUUGUUGAAUUCAAGCUUUUGUAAUCUUCUGUACUGGUCUUGUAUCAUUUAUCAUAUAUGUUUUUCCUUUAAUUUCAUAAUAUAGGUGUAUAUAUAGACAACAAUGAACCAUAGCUCCUCUCAGUUUUAGCUUAUCAAUCAAAUUGAUCCUUCAGUUUUUAUGUACAAGUGGUAGCUGAGAAAGGUUGCUUUUGUUUUGUAGAUUGAUUUGGAUAAAGAUUUGAGAACCAGACGGAGAGAUCUAUAAUUAGGCGUAAAAUAGCUGAUGCUGGUUGUGUAGCAUGGACUCAGACCACUUGUUGAGUUAUAGAGUAAACAACACAGGCGUAUCCUACUCCUCUCAUCCUUCCAUACCUACCAGGUUGUUUGGGUCUUUGAAAUUUGACACAAGAAACUCACCUAACUCCCCUUUCUCCAAUCAUUUUGAUUGUGAAACCAAUACAAUACUGAGUGAUACCCAGGAGCAGUAUAGUUCCACAGAGAAUCAUUCACUUUCAGGCACGGAGAAUCAUUCAUUUUCAAGUUCAGGAGCAAGUCCUUCGUGCAACUCUUCGCACGAAAAUAGUAAUUCUUUCCAGCGGUCUCAUGACAGUUCACCGUUUUUCUCAGGCGAGAUUUCAUUUGUACAGGAUACCAAUAAUGGUCAUAACGUACAUCACGCCCUGCAGAAUCUAGAAACCGCCUUAAUGGGGCCUGAUGAAGAUGAAGUGACUAGGCCUGAUUCAUCCUGGGCGCGCAAUCAAGGGCCUCAUAUCUCGGGUCGGAGGUCUAUAACAAUGAGCCAGGAUCAAAUGAUGCCACAGAUAUUCCAGUCUCAGCCUUUGCAGGCAUCCUAUGGAUCCACUUAUGGGCAAGGAGAUAGGAUGCGUACUGAGAAACGUCAACGAUCAGUAGAAGAUGUCUCUCUGCAGGGAUACCUUCCAAGCAAUUUGAAACAGUUACUGGUUGCAUGUGCCAGAUCUCUAUCUGAAAAUAGAGUUGAUGAUUUUGAUAAACUGAUUGAAACAGUGAGGAGUGCUGUUUCCAUAACUGGAGAUCCAAUCCAGCGUCUUGGUGCUUACAUGGUAGAAGGGCUGGUGGCAAGGAAAGAGGAAUCAGGCCAUAAUAUAUACAGAGCCCUCAGGUGUAGAGAGCCGGAGGGAAAAGACUUGCUUUCAUACAUGCAUAUCCUGUAUGAAAUCUGCCCCUACUUGAAAUUUGGUUACAUGGCUGCAAAUGGUGCCAUAGCCGAAGCUUGUAGGAAUGAGGAGCGCAUUCACAUAAUUGAUUUUCAAAUCGCUCAGGGAACUCAGUGGAUGACUCUCUUACAGGCACUUGCAGCCAGACCUAAAGGUGCUCCUUACGUGCGGAUUACCGGGAUUGAUGAUCCUGUUUCAAAAUAUGCGCGUGGAGACAGUGUGGAGGCAGUAGGUAGACGGCUACAAGCACUAUCAGAGAAGUUCAAUAUCCCAGUUGAGUUUCAUGCAAUGCCAGUUUUCGCUCCAGAUGUCACGAAGGAUAUGUUAGGGGUAAGGCCAGGAGAGGCUCUUGUUGUGAAUUUUCCUUUGCAGCUUCACCAUACUCCAGAUGAGAGUGUUGAUGUGAACAACCCCAGAGAUGGACUUUUGAGGACAAUAAAGUCACUUUCUCCCAAGGUAGUUACAUUGGUAGAGCAAGAAUCAAACACAAAUACUGCCCCGUUUUUGCCUAGGUUUGUAGAAGCUCUUGAAUACUAUGCAGCUAUGUUCGAGUCGAUAGAUGUUAGCCUGCCGAGAGACAGGAAAGAGCGGAUAAAUGUGGAGCAACACUGUCUGGCAAGAGAUAUUGUAAAUGUAAUAGCUUGCGAGGGGAAGCAGAGAGUGGAGCGACAUGAGCUACUGGGAAAGUGGAAAUCCAGGCUAACAAUGGCGGGAUUCAAGCAGUUUCCACUGAGCCCUUACGUAAACUCUGUAAUAAGGGGUUUGCUGAAGUCUUACUCGGAGCAUUACAAGUUGGAGGAAAUAGAUGGAGCUAUGUUGUUGGGUUGGAAAGACCGCAACCUUAUUUCAGCAUCUGCUUGGCAUUGAAAAUAACAUGAAGAGAAUGCGGCAUGGACACAGGGCAACGUGUGAUGAAAAUGACCAGUUUCUAGUUUACAAGUUCUUAGUGGUUGUAUAAGGUUAUAUCUUCAUAUAUUUAAUUCAAGCACUGGUAUAGUUUUGUGUAAUGAUUUUACUUAUAAACCAUAUGUAAUAUUGCCUUUCACCAAAAAACUAAUGUUUUUGUAAUAGAGAUCAUUAUUUGUUC